ACUUAACAUUACACAACGCGAAGGUAAACUUGUGAGAAUAUUUGAAAAACGAGGACUUGUUUGGUUUUUAAGUAAACAAGGAUGGCUUGUGCGAGUAUAAAAGAACAUGAUAGUGGAUCUGAUGAAUUAUCAGAUACGGUUACAGCAGAAUUAAUAAAGUCGAGGGCAGAAAAGGAAGACAUAAAUGACGAAUGUUCCUCUGUAAAAGCGUCAUUGGAAGAAUCAUUUAAGAAACAUGGCGUUAAAGGAAUAUCAGCUGCGAUCAAAGAUAAAAUGGACAACUGGCAAAACGAAAAUUUAAACAUUGCUGUAACAGGUCGAUCGGGCGUUGGCAAAUCAUCUUUUAUCAAUGCUAUUAGGGGUGAUAUAGACGAAUCACAGCCGGGUUACGCAACGGUUGGCAAUAAUGAAUGCACCAAACAAAGAAAGGCUUAUCCGCACCCUAACAACAAGCUUCUGAUAUUGUGGGAUCUGCCUGGAGUUGGCACAGACACAUUUCCAAGAAAAACGUAUCUCAAACAUCCGGAAAUAAGUUUCCAAAUGUACGACAUGUUUAUAAUAAUGGCAUGUGACAGAUUUACUCAGGAUGAGUCUUGGUUGGCUGAAGAGGUAAAACAGACUGGAAGACCAUAUCUUUUUGUACGUUCAAAGGUUGAUGCACAAAUUUACAGCGAUGCCAUCCGGAAAAGAAAAGCUAAGAAACCACACAAUCCCUUGACGGUUAUUGAUGAAAUCCGUGAAGACUGCAAGAAAAAUCUUGGACAAGAAAAAAACAUUUAUUUGAUUAACAACAAUGACAUUUUUUAUGCAAACCUGGAUUUCGAAAAGUUGUUCCUUCAUUUGGUUGACGGCUUUUCGGAACUUAAGAGUGAGGCUUUCUUAUAUUCGAUUAAUGUUUUUACACCAGAAAUACUACAGCGAAAAAUAAAUUCGCUCCGUAAAAGAAUAUGGGGAAUGGGCGCAUUAUCGAGUCUUUCAGGUGCAAUUCCUAUUCCAGGAACAUCCCUUAUUGCAGAUGGUUUGCUUAUAGCAAACGAGACACGUUUAUACCGCAAACAACUUGGGCUUUCCAAUGAUGAUAUGCAAGCACUCACCGUUAUGAUGAAUAUGCCUAUUGAUGAGUUGGCAGACAAAUAUUCAUUAAAAUCACUUGCCCUUGCAUGUACCACAAAAGCGGUCAUAGCAUCGAGCGCUUUGAUUUGUUCUGAAGUUGUAGAAUCGGCAGUUGGUUUGGCAGUUCCUGUGAUAGGAAUGCCUAUCGGUGCGGUUGUAUCAUUUGUAACGACAGUGAAAUUACUCCGCUCUAUUCUUUCACUCUUAGAGGAAGAUGCACAAAUCGUAUUAAAACUAGUUCUGUCACACACCAUGAACAACAAUAUGCAAAAAGACGUUAAUAUAAAUAAAACGGCGGAAAUAAAGUCGAGGACAAGUAAGGAGACAAGUAAGGAAGACAUCAAUGACGAAUGUCCCUCUGUAAAAGCGUCAUCGGAAGAAUCAUUUAAGAAACACAGUGUUAAAGGAGUAUUAGCUGCGAUCAAAGACAAAAUAUACAACUGGGAAAACGAAAGCACCAAAGCAAGAAAGGACUUUCCUAUUUGAACAAUUUAUAAUGACGUCUUAUCUCAGAUUUCGUGUAAAUAGUAUUGUUAUCGACUGUUAUAUGAAGAUUUUCUUAAAUCACUGAAAGUGUUAACUAACUUAUACCAUGUUAAUUGCAUUUAAAGUUUGUCUAUCAUAAAGCACAAAACUUUGUAAUAGUUGGUCAAUGUGAAUAACUAUAAUAAUAUACGAACAAAAGGUCUAACUUAGGAUUAAGUUCCAGUGUGUAAAAUACAGCAACAGUUCGAUUUAAGUAGCUUGAUUCCUUGAUUCGAAUGAAUUGUAGCUAACUUGUAAGUUGGUUAUAUAAUUUUAUGAUUGCAAUGUGUAAACGUCUUUGAAGAACAGACAUUAAAUUAAUACCUUUUGAUUUCAACAAAUAAACAUUCUAUAAAACUGAUUUUAAGAAUUACCUCGAAAUUCGAUCGUUACCACAGAUCUUUAGGUUUGAUAACGUUUUCUUCUUAUGAAAAUACUCUUUUACAUUACAUCUUUAGGUAUUCAAAACGGUUUUAUUACCAUUCCUCAACUAAGCGGGAAAUCUAAAGUUCUUUUUGAAAAUGAAUCAAAUAUUGCCAUUUUGCUUGUUGAACACUACGGCGAUCUGACAUAAAAACAUUUUAAGACCGAACGUUACACUUGCGCAAUUUGUUCUGCCAUGCAUAAUGCAUUCAGUAAUGACAGGAAUUUUGUUACAUCGUUAUGGAAAGGAAUAUCCGUCUUUAGUGUUGUUUGAUUUUCUAACAUGCUAUUUCUUAUUCAUUAUGAUAUAGUGUGUAUGCAAGAAAAAUACGACACCAUUUUAAUCUUUUAAUUUGUAUAAUCAAUAUUUAUAUGAAUUUGUUAAUUUCAUUAUACACAUUUUCUUUUGUAAACAUGCACACUAUUAUUACAUGCUUAUUUUAUGUAUUCAGACAUUAUUUAUCUUUUGGGUAUCUUUACUAUCUUAUCAAUUUUCAAAACCAAUGUGAUAUACCUUUGAUUUACACAGCAUCGCCAGUUGCAUAGGGGAAUUAGCUGGUGCGUAUAUAUUAUGUUUACGCUAGAAUGUUACCUUCUAUAAUCUACGGUAGAUAACUGGUACAGCCUAUCGAAAUGUCAAACAUCCCCUGAACAAAAAGACUAUUUCACACGUCGUUUUUUUGCAAUGGAUUACUGUGAGGCCUCCCAUAAAACAUUAAUCAAGCUCGAAUGAAGAUGGUGAAAAAUAUCUAUGUAUAUACUUUUAUAUUCUAUGAGAAAUUGUAUGCGAACUAUUUUGCAGCAUUGAAUAAAUUUGAAGCUUUUGUA